AAGAUUAUAAAAGUCCAAGCGGGGGACGGAGAGGCGGACAUUACUCCCUGCUUUGCCAGGAAACUACUUCAACUUCCCUUUGCCUUUCUAGCUCCUUCCAGGUGAACUCGGGGUUGCUUUGUUUCGACCCAGCACGAAGAGAGGGGGAAAGGAAAACAAAAAAAAAGAGUCAUGGAUCGAGGAAGAGAAUUAAGAACAAGCUAGCGCCUUUGGUGGGAGAGUGCGAGCCGCGGAGAAGCCGCGGUGUUCGGACACAGGAUGGGGAUGGAUGUCAGCACUCUCCGGACCCUCAUCAGCAGAUAUUGCGUGGGUGAGGAGAACUGGGUGGACAGCAGGACAAUCUACAUCGGGCAUAAGGAGCCUCCUCCAGGAGCUGAAGCCUUCAUACAGCAAAGAUUCCCAGACAACCGAAUAGUGUCCUCCAAGUACACAUUUUGGAACUUCAUCCCCAAGAAUAUGUUUGAACAGUUCAGGAGGGUCGCCAACUUCUACUUUCUCAUCAUAUUUCUUGUUCAGUUGAUCAUCGACACGCCCACCAGCCCGGUCACUAGUGGACUUCCGCUCUUCUUUGUCAUCACAGUUACAGCAAUCAAACAGGGUUACGAGGACUGGCUGAGGCAUAAAGCGGACAACGCUGUCAACAAGUGUCCGGUCCACGUGGUGCAACAUGGCAAAGUGAUCCGCAAACAGAGUCGCAAGCUGCGGGUGGGAGACGUUGUCUUUGUAAAGGAAGAUGAAUCAUUUCCCUGCGAUCUGGUCCUGCUCGCCACUUCCCGGGAUGAUGGGACCUGCUACGUCACCACAGCUAGCUUGGAUGGGGAGAGCAGCCACAAGACAUACUAUGCAGUCCAGGACACCAAAGCUUACAAUACCGAAAAGGAGGUGGACUUGAUCCACGCCACCAUAGAAUGUGAACAGCCACAGCCAGACCUCUACAAAUUUGUGGGCCGCAUCAACGUCUACAUGGACAACGAGCCAGUGGCAAGGCCAUUGGGAUCAGAGAACCUCCUUCUCAGAGGAGCCACACUGAAGAACACACAGUACAUUUACGCGGUUGCCAUCUACACUGGGAUGGAAACAAAGAUGGCUCUCAACUACCAGUGCAAGUCUCAGAAGCGCUCUGCAGUCGAAAAGUCAAUGAACUCCUACUUGGUGGUCUACCUGUGCAUUCUCAUCAGCAAGGCUAUCGUCAACACUGUCCUCAAAUAUGCAUGGCAGGCUGACCCCAGCAGAGAUGAGCCCUGGUACAAUGACAGGACUGAGUCAGAGAGGCAGAGACACAUAGUGAUUAGGGCCUUCACAGACUUCCUGGCCUUCAUGGUUCUAUUCAACUACAUUAUCCCUGUUUCCAUGUACGUCACAGUGGAGAUGCAGAAGUUCCUUGGCUCCUAUUUCAUGAUGUGGGACGAUGAGAUGUUUGACGAGGAACUCGGAGAGAGAGCAGUGGUCAACACGUCAGACCUGAACGAAGAACUGGGCCAGGUGGAGUACGUGUUUACUGAUAAGACAGGAACGCUGACAGAGAACAACAUGGAGUUCAUUGAGUGUUGUGUCGACGGACACAUUUACGUAGCCCAAGCAAUCUGUAAUGGACAGGUGAUGCCUGGUUCAGCUAGUAUGGACAUGAUUGACACAUCACCAGGCCCUGGGGCGAGGGAGCACGAGGAGCUGUUCUUCCGGGCGCUGUGUUUAUGCCACACCGUUCAGGUGAAAGAGGAGGAGACGGUAGACAGCAUCAAGCAGGGCAUCCACCAGGGCAAGUCCACUUCCUUUUACAUCUCGUCCUCGCCAGACGAGGUGGCGCUGGUGGAGGGCAUGAAGAGGCUUGGCUUCACAUAUUUGAGACUCAAGGACAGUCACAUGGAGAUAUUGAACAGAGAGGAUGAAAUUGAGAGGUUUGAGCUGCUCCAAGUCCUGACUUUUGACUCCAACAGGCGGAGAAUGAGCGUCAUUGUCCGGGCCAGCACUGGUGAGCUUUACCUUUUCUGCAAAGGAGCAGACUCGUCCAUCUUCCCAAGAGUCAUCUCGGGCAAGGUGGAUCAGGUCAGAGCUCGGGUGGAGCACAACGCAGUGGAGGGCCUGCGGACGCUGUGUGUGGCCUACCGGCCUCUCAGUCUGGUGCAGUAUCAGGAGGUUUGCCUCCUGUUAAACGGGGCCAAGUUGGCACUUCAAGACCGAGACAAACGACUGGCAGAGGCUUACGACCUGAUUGAGAAAGAUCUUAUCCUGCUGGGAGCCACUGCUGUGGAAGACAGACUGCAAGAAAAAGCGGCAGACACCAUCGAGUCUCUGCACAAGGCAGGUAUGAAGGUGUGGGUGCUGACCGGCGACAAGAUGGAGACGGCUGCCGCCACCUGCUACGCCAGCAAGUUGUUCCACCGCAACACGCAGAUCCUGGAGUUGACCACCAAGCGCACAGAGGAGCAGAGCCUUCAUGAUGUCCUCUUUGACCUGAGCAGAACUGUGCUCAGGCAUCACGGUGGCUGGGGCAGGGACAUCUCUGGUUUAUCAGGUGACUACACCGACUACGGUCUCAUCAUCGAUGGAGCCACCCUCUCGGCAGUGAUGAAGCCCGGCCAGGAGGACUCCAACUCAGGGAACUACAAAGAGAUUUUCCUGGAAAUCUGCCGCAAUUGCAGCGCGGUACUCUGCUGUCGAAUGGCACCUCUUCAGAAAGCUCAGAUUGUCAAGUUGAUCAAAACAUCGAAGGAGCAUCCGAUCACACUUGCCGUUGGAGACGGGGCCAAUGAUGUCAGCAUGAUCCUCGAGGCACACGUCGGCGUCGGUAUCAUGGGUAAGGAGGGCCGUCAGGCAGUGAGGAACAGUGACUACGCUGUUCCAAAAUUCAAACACCUCAAGAAGAUGCUGCUUGUCCAUGGACAUUAUUACUACAUACGCAUCUCUGAGCUUGUACAGUACUUCUUUUACAAGAAUGUCUGCUUCAUCUUUCCCCAGUUCCUCUACCAGUUUUUCUGUGGUUUCUCACAGCAACCGCUGUAUGAUACAGCCUACUUGACUCUGUACAACAUCAGCUUCACUUCACUGCCCAUUCUGCUCUACAGUCUCGUCGAGCAGCACAUCAACAUGGACAUCCUGAAAAAGGACCCGGCUUUGUACAGAGACAUUGCCAAGAACUCGUUACUGCGUUGGCCCAGCUUUAUAUAUUGGACUGUCUUGGGCGUAUAUGACGCCAUUGUGAUGUUCUUCGGUGCUUACUUCCUGUUUGACAACACCACCUUCACCAGCAACGGACAGCUAAUGACAACCAACACACAGAUGAUGUUUGGAAACUGGACCUUCGGGACGCUGGUGUUUACCGUGCUGGUCUUCACGGUCACUUUCAAGCUGGCCCUGGACACUCAUUACUGGACCUGGAUCAACCACUUUGUCAUAUGGGGCUCGCUCAUCUUCUUUGUUGUCUUCUCUCUGCUGUGGGGAGGAAUCAUCUGGCCCUUCCUCAACUACCAGAGGAUGUACUAUGUCUUCAUGCAGAUGUUGUCCAGCGGCCCGGCCUGGCUCAGCAUAGUUCUGCUGAUUUCGGCCGGUCUGCUACCAGACGUGCUGAAGAAGGUCAUUUGGAGGGCUAUGUGGCCCACUACAACUGAACGUAUACAGAUGUUUGCAGGCCUCGGCUAUGUUCCUGCUCUUUUGGAUAAUGCAGAUAAACUCUACAAGGGUCAGCUUUCCGAGUUCACCCCCCUGGACCGCCGUCGGAGCUCCAGCACCAACAGGAGCAGGCCUAACCCUACAAGGACUAACUGGUCAUGCCUGCGCGCAAACACAUUGUCCCGAAACACUUCAUAGGCAUCACUGCAAGCGUAUCUUUCUCUCUCUCUUAACCCCUCACACUGUCCUCCCGCCUUUCUUUCUGCGGCGAUGGCGGCGCCGAUGUGGUCCAGCCCACCUUCGCUUUGUCAGAUCAUCGCCUUCACGUGUCAUGGAUAGCUUAGAAGCAACUAGUGGUGGGUCAAACGAUACCGAGUGAAAGCUUACGCAACACAAGGAACGAUACUGUGAUGCACUCCAUGUGUGUGUCACUUUUAGGGGGGAAAAACGUGACCGAUACAGCUGAUGUGUCAUUGAACUGUGAAGCACCAAACUGUGUUCAUCAGUACAAAAAACAAUAAUAAAUAAUGAAAUGGAAUUAAAAAGAAGGAAAAAUUCCGAAGUCUGGAACGCCAAAUGAGGUUCUUCUUUAGUUUAGUAUUGUUGUGCAUUUAAUUUUCCUUUAUGUCCAACUGUUACCGUAUUUUCCGGACUAUAAGCCGCUGCUUUUUAAAAAAAAUAAAAAUUAUUUUAUUUGAUUUAAAAAACAAUUUUUACCACACUUUAAACCCUGCGGCUUAUAAAACGGUGCGGCUAAUUUUAUGUAUUUAUACGGCCAUAAUGUUUUGUAUUCAACAAAUAGUUUUCAUAGAGACACUGCGUUAUUGUUUGUGCUAUGGCGCAUAUCUUUUGGACGAGUUGGCUCACUGCAGGUGCCGCGGGUUGGAAAUGUACUUCCUCUUUCGUGCCUUUUACCGGAAGUGUAACCGUCCAUUGAAUUUCUGCCCGAAAUGAUCCCUCAUUUAUGACUCCAAGCAACAUUUGUAAGUUUUACAAUAUAACUAAAACUGUUUAUACUUACUAAACCGUCCCAUGUGUGAUGUCUGUAGGAGAGUUGUCAUGCAUAUUUUUACGUGCUAUCGUAUUGUACUCAAGCUAGCGUGGCGAGCAUUAGCAAAUAUGCUAACACGUUUACAAGUGUCUGUGUUAGGAAUUAUUAACUUACAACAACAUUCUUUUUGUAUCUUUCCAGUUCUGUAAAUUCACCAAAACGUCAUUGUGGAGUUAUUUAGUCUGUUUUGCUGAUUGGAGAGCUAGCUUUUGCAGCUAGUGGGUCCAUGACGAUGACUUCUGUUUUGUUUGAUCAGCCGUUUUACUGCCGUGUAACAGUCACAGUUUUAAAACAAUUAAGAUUUGUAAAUAAUCAUUUAUAAACUCUUUCGUACCGGUGUUUAUCAGCGGCUUAUAGUCCGGUGCGGCUAAUAUGUGUAAACAUAUUUAUUUCUUCUAAGAUUUGGUGGGGGCGGCUUAAAUACCGAAAAAUAUGGUAGUGAAAAAAACAACAAUUAUAUUUGCAAACUAUUCUUUUAAAUUAAGUCAAACGGAUGACUUUUGUAACCCAUCAGAUGGUGAAUGACUAUUACGAAACGCCAACACAGUGUCAAUACAGCCAGUGAGUGUGCCACACACACUCAGUGAGACGUCAUUGACCCAUCACUAGUAUUUACUCUCCUCGUCAUCUUUGAACCAAAGUGGCCGCUUCAGAUCCCUGUAGCUGCUUCCUAUUAGGUGCCUUGUGCUAGUUUGUAACCUAUGUUCUAUGGAUGCACGACCAAGCAGGUGAAUGUAGUCAUCUUAGUCGAAACAGCACUGGGAUAUCCAAAACAAUCAAAGAACAAAACCGCACACGAAAAAUGUCGGACCACUUUUUGUGUAAUAUUGUUAUUUUUAUGUCUUUUUCAGACGAGUUUUAUAUGCCGCAUGUGCAGAAAGAUGUAUUAUUUCAAUGCAGGCCACUUAAUGUGUAGGUAAUGUACAUGUGUUACUCAUUAUGGAGGCACUUGACCCAAAUGUAUAACCUGUUUUCCUUGCUUACCUCUUUGGAUGAACAGAACACUGAUUGUGCGUGUGCGUGUGUGUGUGUGUGUGUGUGUGUGUGUGUGUGUGUGUGUGUGUGUGUGUGUGUGUGUGUGUGUGUUGGGGGUUAUAAGGGUAUAGCAGGUGCAGUUGUAGCUUUAAAGCAGGGGUGUCAAACUCAUUUCAGCUUAGGGGCCACAUGGAGGAAAAUACAUUCCCAAGUGGGCUGUACUCGUAAAAUCAUGGCAUGAUAACUUCGAAAUAAACUUCAGAUUGUUUUCUUUGUUUAUAAAUAGAGCAAGCACAUUCUGAAAAUGUACAACUCACAAUGGGGUCUUACAUGUUGCGGUUAAUAGUUUUCUAUCUUAAUUUGUUGUUUAUACUCUCUGAAUAAAUGAUAUGAUAAUGUUCAUCAGUCAAAUAGGUGGAAUUGCAUCAGGCAGAGUUUUAAAAUGCUCCCAUUGUUUUUAGUUUUUAAAUCUAUCAGAAGAUAAAAUUAAUAAUAAUAAUAUCACAAAUCAAAUAACAGGAUGUUAUUAAUGUAAUUGACUAAUUUUCCGUAACUGAUUAUUAUUAUGUACAUAUGUAGCAUAAUCUACAACAAAACUUGGACUAAUUUCAUUAACCACACUGCAAAAAGUCAGUGUUCAAAAACAAGAAAAAAAAAAUACAAAAAUGAGGGGCAUUUUACUUGAACUAAGCAAAAUUAUCUGCCAAUAGAACAAGAAAAUUCGGCUUGUCAAGACUUUGCAGAACAAGUAAAAUUAAAGCUGCAAGCAGCGAUGGACGGGACCGACUUUGAAGGCUCAUAAAAUCCAAACCGGAGCAGUAAUUAAAACUCUCAUCAACUUUUAAUCAGAAGGGUUCAAUCUCUCUCCUGUGCUAAUUUGAAGCCAACACGAAAAACGCGCUCAGAGGAGAUAAAGACUGUUUUUACACAACUUUUGUUUUGAAGGGGGAAUUGCAAACUUCCUGUUGAUUUUUGCUGGGAAUUGUCAGUGUAUGAAAUAUAGGUCUAAGUGUGACCUACAUAGAGGUUUUUGUUUCAUGUCUCUACGACAUUCCUACUGGAAGUUACAGGCAGUUUUGUCCGUGUUUUCUUCCUAGGGGGCGCUAGCGCGCAUUUUUGAGUUUUUGGGUUUGGUUUUUUGAUUAGAUCGCAGUUUUUGCCAGUCCUGAUGUGUGUGUCCAAUUUGGUGAGUUUUGAAGCAUGUUAAGGGGGUCAAAUUACAGCUCAGAGAGGCGGCGGUAUAAUAAUAAAUACAAUAGGGUCCUCUGUCCCAAAGGGACUCGGUCCCUAAUUAGCUAACCUCAAUGAACCCAAAAAUACCUUAAAAUAAGUAUAUUCUCACUAAUAACAAGUGCACUUUUCUUAAUUAUAAAUUAAACCUUUUUGCUCAAUAUGUGGAAAAAUAUUAUUAAAUUAAGUAAAUGCUAGUGCCAUUAUCUUGACAUAAUGAUAUGCGCUCGGCAUCAUGAUUAUUACUUUAAAAAAGUAGUUUUAUUUUUGUGAGUGUUGAUGACACAGCUUUACAACACUUGAUAUUCUAGUUUCAAGCAUGUUUUACUCAAUAUAGGUCAUAAAAUCUCAGCAACAAGCUGUAAUAUCUUACUGAGAUCAUUUAGGACCAAAACACUUAAAACAAGUAAAACACUCUAAAAUAAAAUUUGCUUAGUGAGAAGAAUUAUCUUAUCAGAGAAAAAAUUAGCAAAUAUCACCCUUAUCUGAGAUAUUUAAUCUUACUUAGAUUUCAGUUUUUGCAGUGCACACAUGAAGUUAGAAGGGUCGACAUAUCAUUUCAGCAUAUUUAUGUGCGCCCAGAAAAUGUGUCCUCAUUACCAACAGCAUCUUUGACAAUUAAGGCAAGAAUGGAACAAUCCAUAUUUUGUAAACUAUCACUAAU